AUGGCUGAUUUCGCUGCCGUGAUUGGAAUUCUGGGGGUAUGCAUCCAAUUGACCGAAGGGAUCGUCAAAUAUGCCACAGCCUUCAAGCACGCAAAUACGCAGGCCCAGGCUCUGGUCACUGAGGUCGCAUCGGUGGAUCAUGUCCUCGGCGCUCUGAGAAAACAUCUCGAACAAGAACACCGCAAAGGUCAAACCGUGUUUGAACAAACAUCGGUAUUGUUCUUCGCCGUAGAUGGAUGUCGAGACCGACUUCAGGAAAUCCAUAAGGCUCUCCAACCUCUGGCCGCGAGUAGCAUGGUGCAAAGACUCUGGGGUCGCGCAACUUGGCCCUUUGAGAAGGCAGGAACCACCGAAGCUGUCAUUGCGCUGCACCGCUUCGCUCAAAUAUUUCAUUUCGCCAUGAGCCUGGAGGGAUUCAAGGCACUCUGUCAACCUCAGAAUCCGGACGCACUCGCGAAGAUCCAGACUAGUCUCAAUACCAUAGAGCAACACCAGACUAACUACAACGACGCCAAUAUUCAAACGAUACUAAAUAUGGUCAAGGACAUGCCAGAUCUGGUCAAUGACAUGAAACUGGUCAAGAAAUUCGUCCAUGAUCUGGAAAUAGAUAAUAGACUGAAGCAAUUGCUCGAUGGCAUACCAAAGCUACCAUAUGGUGAAAGACACCGCGAUCUGCAGCUCACACGAUUAGAUGGUGUGGGUCGUUGGCUCUUCGACACAUCCAGAUUUGUCCAAUGGAGAGACAUGACGUCUAGCGAGGGCACACUCUGGUGCAAUGGUGCCCCAGGAGUUGGCAAAACGCACCUCGCCUCCAUCGCCAUCGAUCAUUUGCACAACUUCACGGUGCAAAGCAAUCGUCGAGUCGUCUACUUUUAUUUUGACUACAAAUUACAGUCAGAUCAGACACCCUUGAAUGUCAUCCAGACUCUGUUGCACCAAUUGCUCUCGAAAUUUACACACGUCCCUGCCCAGGCAGUGGAAUUGUCCCAGGCGAUCGCGAAGCGAGAGGAGUUGCCCGGUUGGGACAAACUCACAUCAAUUUUCCUGAAGAUCUGCAACGACACUCAAGAUGUCUUCGUUGUCCUGGAUGCCUUGGAUGAAUGCGACAAGGUGGCCAACAGAGGACCAAUUGUCAAGUUCAUCCAAGGCAUCAAGGCAUCGAAAGCACGUUUGAUGGUGACCAGUAGGCCGUAUCCAGCGGACGUCACGGAGGUGCUAGGAUCUUGCCCCCAACUCCUUAUUGAGGCUUCAGACUCGGAUAUCACGGCGUACGUUCAAGAUCGAAUUGCCUGUAACCCGCAGACGGCCCGAAUGAUCGACGAUAGCCUGAAGGACAAGAUAAUUCAUACCAUCACCUCAAGAUCCGGCGGGAUGUUUCUUCUUCCUGCUCUGCAGAUGCAGGUUAUUCUUGGCCAGACGACCAGGUCUCAAAUCGAGGAGGCACUUGACACGUUGCCAAUUGGCCUCGGUGAAAAUCUUCUCCUUACCAUGGAACGGAUCAAGUCACAAGACCCGCAUACCAAAACACGGGCCAAACUCGCGCUGACGGUCCUGAUGUGGUUAUCAUCAGCACAAUCCCUGCUCACUGUGCAUGAACUGCAACAUGCGAUUGCGACUGACUCGAGCAGCAUGAAGCUUGGGGAUAUUAUCGAUGCCGAGAUUCUCGUCGACUGCUGUUUCGGGCUUGUCAUCAUUGACGAGUCAUCAGUCAUCAGGUUGGUUCACUUCUCGGUCAGCGAGUUCCUCGAAGAGCGCCGUGAUGAACUCUUCAAGCAUCCACAUUCCACCUUGGCGGCGACGUGUCUGUCAUAUAUACUACUUUCUCUGCAGGCCAACGACUCUCUGAGGAGCGAGCUACCCUACAAAACUCCUCCUCAUUGGCCAUUUUUGAACUACUCCAUAGCACAUUGGGGUAUGCAUGCCAAGUUGGCACGCCCUGAAAGUGAGUCCGUGGCGGUCAUGAACUCCAAAGUCCAUGACUUCUUUGCUUCGCCUAAUACGGUGACCUUCUGGGCGCGUACAGUCGAGGAUCAAAUUCAUCAUCAGAGAUACGCCAUCGAAUCAUGGUGGAGGAGACAUCAUGGGUGGAUCACAACUCCACCUUCACAUAUACACAUCGCAGCAAUGUACGGCCUUACAUCCCUGGUCCAGGAUCAGAUCAAGGUUCAGCCGACUUCAAUGGCUUGGAGAGACAAGUGUGAAAGGACUAUUUUGAUGCUCGCUGCGGCAGAAGGACAUCUUGACAUCGUGGGCCUCUUGAUUUCCAAAGGUGGCACGGAUGUUAAUGCUCAGGACUGGGAGGGCAAUACCGCAUUCUGCUAUGCCAUUCUCUUUCAGCAGUGGGAAGUUGUUCGGCAGAUGUUGUUUUCCAAAAGUCAUGUGGACAUCAACCUUGGAUGCCCAUUUCCUAUGCUUGUCGAUUUGCUGACGCAGAGGGAUGCCUCAGAGGCAGAGGUCUCGGAGGCAGGGGAUAUCAUCAUGCUGCUCCUGGCCCACAAUGACUUGGAUGUCAAUGCCCAUGGUCCUCACGAUGUGUUUGAGAAGGACCCAUGGUAUAGGCUUGCCCAAAAUUUUCAGGUUGAGAUACUUCGAAAACUUGUUGCGCAUCCUAGUUUCAAUCCCUGGCGAUCUGGUGGAUUAGCUUAUCGAGUUGGUGAACUAUCCAAAGACUACAUGCACAGAGAAUACACUCCCCGAACAGACACCUAUCUCAUACCUGCCAUUGUUCGGCUCUUGGAAAACGACCAUCGCUUUGUCCUCGCCGAAUUUCUUGUAUUACGCCUGCUUUGGCCGUUCACCUACUACGCCGACGUUAAGCUCGAGCCAGCAUGUCGUCACGCCAUUGACUGGAUGACCAUCAAAUACGACGAAAUCCACGACCGAGGGUCUGACGUGCAGCGAUUACUGGAGUCUUGUCAACAUCCAUUAACAUUUCGGGAUGCUGCCGGACGGAGCUUUUUGCACCACCUUGCACGGAUGGACGAAGACGAGUUCACCAAAGGCCAGUUGGAAUAUCUCCUAGAGAAGCUUCCAGCGGAUCUCAGAGACGAUCGAGGACGGACCGCACUUCACUUCGCAGCAGAAAGCGGCCGUGAGCACGCCGCCUCCCGGUUACUCGAUGCUGGGGCCGAUCUUUUGGCUCUGGACGAGGAUGGCAUGUCAGUACUACAUUACGCGGUGCAAAGCCAAAACGUCGAUUUGGUCAAGUUCUUGAUCGAUAAAGGCGCAGAUGUGAAUGCGAAGACAGUGUUUGGUGAGUCGAUAUUGCACAAAUCUGCGGGCGCUUUUCGUUCAACACAAAUGAUGACGACCAUCCUUCUCGAGUCGUCCAUUGCCACAUCGGAGGAAGACUCUUUUGGCCUCACACCACUCCACCUGGCUUGCUUUUAUGGGAAUCCCGAACCCGCCGCAGCGCUCCUCCGUGUUGGGGCCGAUCCUGCUCAUUGGAGCGGCAGCCGAGGGACGCCCUUGACAGAGGCCGUAUGUAAAGGCAACGCCAGUUUGGCGCGGCUUUGCCUAUCUGAGUACAGGGGCGACCUGAAUGUCAUGGAUAUUUUCGGAAUGAGUGUUUUCGACUACCUCGAGCAACAGCCGCCGAACAUGGCGAAGGACAUCGGGUUCAGAACGGUCCAUUGGUUGACAUACAAACCAACACAGCCAGAGCAUCGACGUCGACGAAUCAUUUCGUGUUUGACCGAGAAAUUAGAAUUGAUGCUCUCAGCCAACGACCGAAACAGGAAACUAUUGGCGAUUUCACUCGCCUCACAGUUGCUGAAGCUGGGAGAUGAUGCUGCCGCGCUGACCAUGCUGGAGGCACGCAUGGAGCAUAAGUCGAAGAGAGGAACACCAUACUUCCCCCACGACUUUUGCAAGAGCUGUUCUGAAGAACAUGAGGGAGUCCUCUUCAAGUGCAAACGUUGCCCUUACAUAUGGAUCUGUGAAGAUUGUCGGGAUGAUGGAGAAAGGUGGUGCGGCUGUUGGGAUUUCCUUCCAGUCCCAGGAGACGGCUGGAAAGAUCUCCCGGAAGGGAUUGUCAAUGAACAGGGCCAAUCGUUUGACGAAUGGCUCCGGGAGCUCUACAACAGAUACUCAGUGAUCGAACGGAGUCUGGCGGGGCGACCAUGCGCAGAUUCGCCGGCCGUCACGUAUACUGAAGAAAUCUGCAAAACACGCAAGAAGCAGGCACACGGUCGCGAUUUUCCAAGCAUUCCACCAUCUCCAGUGAUUGGUCGACCGGAGAAGCGUGCACGCAAUUCCAACUCUGGAAAUCAGCUGCCAAACAGCAUCGGUUCGGAAGACAAUGAGAAUCAUGUGCAACAAGAGAUGCCCGACGAGAAAAGCCGAAUCCAUUUGCAGAACAUCCAAGGUGCGCAAGACAGCAUCAAUGUUAGCAUCAAUGUUAAAGACAACGGGCACGUGAAGUUAGAGAUCAUGCCCGGCGAGCAAAAUCGAGUCUUUCCACAUAACAGCGAAGGCACCCAAAACCAGCCUAUCGUUAUUGAUGAUCCGGAUGAUAACCUCACCAGUACCUUGAACUUACAAGGCCAUCUCCGUUUGCAGCCCGAUGCUCCACGCGAUUCGAGUCCCAACACCUUGAUCAAAGACUAUCGAGACCAACUCCGAUUUAGCGAAGUCCUCUCACGCUUCCAACUCGAUGAUAAUCAAUCACUGUCGGCUCGAAGCGAGGCGUGGAGACGAGAACUGGUGACUGCACUAGAGACCAAGGAAAUUAUUGCGCUUGAGGUGACGGAUGAUGACAUCCUGAAUUUCAUGGAAGAUGAGGAGCGCCUGCGGUCACUUGGCACAGAACGCACCAACCUCGAGACAGCUCGACGUGCCUUGGCCGUCAUGGGAAGAGACUGA